CCUUAGGUGUUAACUAGGCCCAAGUAAACUCUAGCGAGUGCCUUUUGGGCUGGAUCAAUGUGGCCAUCCACGGUCCAUCCCGGUUCAUUUCCAGCGUCCACUUUUUGGGUCAUUACUGUGCAGUGGUCACUGUCCACUCCCCCACGAGAAUUCAAUUCAGCAGCUUGCAGUGGGCAGUGGACACCAAGGCGUCCGCGGAAGGAAACCUCUUGUUCCUCGGGCUGCAAAACCAAACAACUCAUCACCCUCUGGUUGAUCCUUUUCCAAACGCCACCGGACAAAUCCUUGACUACGAUGGUACGAUGGCUUCCACAGUCGCAGUCUCCAUGUUCCCGCACGAUCAACCAGACCAAAACCGCACGAGCUUAACGAAUUCCUCACAUUUACAGAAUUUGAGAAAGAUGAACCACAAGUCACCCCUCGAUGAUG